AUGUCCGUUCACCUGGGAAACGUUACGAAUUAUAUGAGACAGCAACUUGACACACUCACGGCAGAAGACAUAGGACGACCUUCCGAGGUAUACUCGCGAAAUCUUUGCUCUGCCCUUUCCAGCCUUGCACAAGCCUCGUGUUCACUAUCUCGGAUAUUGGAGGAGAUCCAAUCCGAUGAACCAUUCAUUACUUUGGACAACUGCGACUCACUGGAGCGUUUAACUCAGCUGGCUGAGUCAGAAUCGCGAUGUAUCAAAGAGAUCAAAGCAGGCGACUUCAUGAGAAUGUCUGGCAUUCACUUUCGCGAGCAUUUUGGCGAGUUUUCUGUACAGUUCUGCUCAAUAUGUGAUAACGCCAGCGUCUGCCUGACGUCGGCCGUCAAAUCCGUUAUGUUCAACGUGAGGGAUCGCAGAGACCGGGAAACGUAUGCACGGCAGCUCAGAGUCAGCGUUGCUGUUUUGUUUUCCGUCACCGCAGCUAUGAUGCUUUCCGUGUCCAUUGGAAGAACAGCUUCUGCUCUGGAUCUAGCAGUGAGCGGAAUAUGGCUUAUCUCUCUGUCUUGUGGAGUGGCGGCGGGAAUCACUGGUACGGCUGGUCUUUUCUUCUCGGAAUCGUCAUCGUUGUACCGUCCUUCGGACUACACCAUCGCGUGGAUUACAAGAAUUGGCGAAAUUCUUUUUCUGGUAUCGGCGAUGCUGUUCUCAACAGGUCUCAAUGUUUUUGCUUUUUCUUCCUCACAGGCGGUUGUCGCAAGAGCGAUCGUUACUAUCUUCACAAUAUUCCACUUUCUUGGACUUUUCACGCUCUUCAUCUGGCUCAUACAAUCUCGUCAAAGUAAUGAGUCGAACAUUAAGUCCCAUUCGCUAUGGUCCACGGCACGCAAUCUAGGCCAACUCUCGCUAAGGCCAGUAUCAGGUGCUCGGGAUUCCGGCGAUCCGAAGGAUAUAGAGAAGGGCGUGCGCCCCAGAACAUCUGUUAGGACAGUUGCUCCUCCAAUAAUCCAUGUCACGGACACGGAGCCGGACAUGACAACUACUGCACCAACCAAUAAUCUCACAGAUAAUCCUGGACACACUCCUCCAGCGAGUCCACAGUACCCCAUGGAUUCGGACUCGGACUCGGAGCACGAUCUCACCUCACUCUCAUUCUCUCACGCACAUACAAACCUUGUAGUUCCAUCUGCACAUCGCGUGUCGAGCGAUUCAAGCCGCUCGUUACCUGCACUACCGAACGAUGUCCAAGUUGCUCGAUGUAUGGCCUAUAGUCCUAAUGGGAUGUUUUUAUGCAUAGGAAACAAUAGUCCUCAGGAACGCUGCACAAUAUUCAGCACUGAUUCUCCAGCCAUAGUGCUUGGCGAACUUAAACUAACUGACGUUGCAAGACAAAUAGAAUGGUCCCAAGAUGGAGAAAACAUUCUUUUGAGGCUAAGUCAUAUGAUCUACAUAUGGAAUGCAAUGCCAUCGGUGUCUGCAAGGCGACCCGUAAUAGUCGUUCAUCAUGAAGCAGACAACAUGAAAUGGAUUCCGAGCAGCGAUUCAUUCCUUUCGUGCAAACAGAAUAUUUUGACAAGCUUCAAAUUUGAUGGAACCCCAACAGGUGCCUUCCAUGUUCCAGCUUUGUCGGUUCAGGACAUCCUCCCCACAAAAGACGGGCAUCGUGUGAUCUGUUUGGUUUCGAACAUUGCAUCUUCUCGAUCGGGAAAGAGCUCGUCUUCCCCGCAGAAACUUCUAGUUUAUAAUUUGGAAAACAAGACCGUGGAACAGGUAGCGCCAGUCGGUCGUGAAGCACAAAGCAUCAUUCCAUCCUCAAUGACACCAGAUCACAUCCUAGUCAACUUUACUGGAAAUACACCUCCACAACUCUGGCGCUAUCGAGAGGAUACAGAUUCGUCUGAUCGUCGGACCUCGGCAACUUUCCUCUCUUUCAAACGCACGAUGAGCUUCAAGGCUCCAUCAGGACACUUUUCAGGACACGGAAUCUUAGGCGGUACAGAUGACACGUUGAUACUCUCACUCGAGGAAGUUGGCGACAUGUUCAUCUUUGAUAGAGAAUCAGGUCAACCACUCCGUCACGUACAAACGAGUACUUCACGAUUCAAUGCCUCAGACCGCAAGAGUAUAACUGGUUCAGAACAGCAGCCAGGGAGAAAUCGAUUGCUUGCGCAGUGCGUCGCCUGGGAUCCUGAUAUUCUGGCAUUUACCGUGUGCAUGGGCUUUGCGGAUGGCUCGAUCUGGCAAUGGAAGCUGCCCUUCGAUGCGCUGAGCCAGGAAGAUAGUACUGGCUUCUCCGUCGUGACUCUUAGUGAUGACGAUUCAACAAUGAUUCGGGCUGCUGACGCGGACAAGGGGCAGAAAGUGGAAGGUGACGGAUAA